UGUCUUUAUAGCGGCUUCCUCAUCAUAUAGUUCGCCUUGUUCACUUUCUCCAUUAAUUGUCUUUCUCUGCCUUUUUCUUUCUCCCAUGUCUUCUUAAAUGGUUUUGAUCUUCCGACAACAUCUUCGACAAACCCUUUUCUCUGGGUUCUGCGAAAGACGUUAUUACAAAUCUCUUUCCUUUCCGUGUCCUUGUCUUAAUCGUCAUGCAUUUGCCUUGGAAGAAAUCGAAAUCGGGUCGGAUCUCCAGAUUGGUAUCGGACCUCCAGCAAUCUCCCAAACACGGCGGAUCUCUCUUCGUGGAGACUGGUUUCCCAACUUCUCUCAUCGAUCUCUUCGUUAAGAAUCGCCAUCGUCUCAAGAAAUCCUCUUCAAAACGCAACAGCAAAGCCCAGACACAAACCGCUCAUACGACACGACCGCGUGUCUUGUCUCCGCCUCUUCCUCAGAAACUUGAUCCAGCGUCGGUUACGGAGGAUCUCACGGCGAGUAAGAUCGAUGAAAGUUUGGUCAAUGGCAGCGGUUUGACAUCGGAGAAUAGGCACGACGGGGACACCAACCACGGCGUCGGAAACGGCGGUAAUCGCUGCGGAGGAUGUUGCGUUUUGAUGGUGGUUGUGCUCGCCUUGAGCACGAAAAAGGUUGCCGUGGGGACCACUAUCUCAGCAUUCGCCCUCCUCUUCCUCGAGCUAGCAGUGGCGCGUGUAUUCACGCUCAUCUAUCCCUGCUCCGACGCGAAGCUCAUAGGGAAGAAGAACGGUGAAGAAAGAAAGAACAAGGUCUCUUUUGAAAUCAUCGAAAGCUUUCAAGACUCAAGAGAUUGCAUUGAGGAGAUUCAAUUUCCUGCUCCGGAGGAGAGAGAUGUGGUGUUGACGAAGGAGAAGAGUAAAAGCGCGAAGCUUAAGUCCAAGAUCGUGCCGAAGAAGUUGAGGAGUUAUAAGAAGAAGAAGAAAGAAAAACAAGAAGCUGAAGGAGUAGAGGUAGAGAUAGUUCAGGAUGAUGAUGAGUCUGUGACGGAAGUGUCAAGUUUGUAUUCCGAGGAUAGAAUCGAGAGCCAAAUAUCUGAGAGAGACGAGACUCGUUCGAAUCCUCCGCAGUUGCUGGAGAGCUGUGAAGAGGAGGGAGAAUCUGGAUCAAAAGGGGAUCUAACUAAAGUGAUUGUUCUGAUAGUAAUUUCUCUUGCUGGAUUGUGUAGCGGGAAAGUCUUAGCCAUUGCUUUGACAUUGUCUUGGUGUCUGAUUCUGAGAUUUGUCUGCUGCAAAUCUCGAACCAGUCUCUCAACACAUCAGAAAUAAAAUUUGGUUGUGUUCGUGGCAGUGGUGGGUCCUACAGAACGCCGUGGGACGGUGUUGACGGUAGCUUGGCACUUGGCACUUGGCACUUCGAAGCUAAACAAUUGUUUGCUUAAGAAACUGUGUAAUUUUGUAACAGAGAAUAUUGUUAUUAAUAUGAUGGUCAAAAUUGUUUUUUUACUGGGAAUUAAGUAUUAUGAAAAAUUGGUAUUUGCUAGCUUGUUGUUAAUUAAUAAUGAAAGGCAGAGAGCAUUAAGGUU